AUGGCCGACGCCUCACCUGCACCCGUGGAAGAGCCUGAAGAAGAGACAGCACCAACUCCUCCGCAGAAAUCAGAAGAAGAAAUCCUGGCUGAACGGAGAGCACGGCGUGCAGCGAUCAAGGCGAAAUACGAGGGUUCUCGAAGCGUCGUUGAUACGGCUCCUGGUACACCCAAUCCGGCUACAGGAUCUCAAGCAUUAUCAACAAUAUCUACCACCGCCCCAUCUGCUUCUGGAACGCCUAGUGGUGUUGUCAACGAAGCCAUGUCCAAAGUAACACUGGCAGGGGAUCCAGGAACACCGACGGUCUCCACCCCCGGACCAGAGUUUCUGCAACGAGGCUCGGCAUCCCCGCCUCCGACCAGUGCUGCAGACCAAAACUUCGAGUUGGCCAAAGAUGGCGAGGACGAUGCCAAAAGGGGCGAAAUUAUCGCUAACGCGGCUGAGCCAGCCGGCGGAGACCAGAUUAACGCUGCCGAUUACGACCCAAGCCUUGACAGACGCGAAGACGAGAGGAAGAGAUUCGGGGUGGACCAAGCGGCCAAUGGCACCAACCACCACGUCAAUGGCCAGUCAGGUUCUGCGAUCGACGUCGACAUGGAGGACGAAGAUGAAGACGACGAGGCGGACGAGGAAAGCGAAGAGGAGGAUCUUGACGACAUGUUUGCCGUGGCUCUCGGUGGAGACGAAGAGAAACCAAAGAAGAAGAAAAAGAAAGCAACGGGAAAGAAGAAGACUAAAGAAAAUGCGGCACAGACUUUGGGGGCGCCCAAUGUCAUUGUCGACGCUGCUGCCGAUCCGGAAGGAUACUAUCGCGUAAUUCUUGGAGAGCGUAUCGACAAUGGGCGCUAUCAAGUGUUCUCGAGCCUUGGUCAAGGAAUGUUUGCCAACGUGGUGAGAGCUCGAGUUCUCAAAGACGAGAACGGGAAGGAUCUCGCUGUCGAUGGUGUUGCCCCAGAAUCACUCAGAGAGGUUGCUAUCAAGAUCAUCCGAAGUCAGGAGAGCAUGUACAAGGCGGGUCUCAAGGAAGCACAGAUCUUGCAGAAGCUUCGAGCGCUGGAUCCGGAAGACAAGAAGCACAUUGUCAAGCUUGAAAGAACAUUCGAGCAUCGAGGCCACCUAUGUCUCGUGUUCGAGAAUCUGAGUAUGAACCUUCGCGAAGUGGUGAAACGGUUUGGAAAGGAUGUGGGACUUAACAUUCGCGCAGUACGGGCCUAUGCGCAUCAACUCUUUCUUGCACUGAGUCUUUUGCGAAAAGCGAAUAUCAUGCACGCUGACAUCAAGCCUGAUAAUAUUUUGGUGAACGAGCAGAAGAAUUUAAUCAAGUUGUGCGACCUGGGCUCUGCAAGUGAUGCGAGCGAGAACGAGAUCACCCCUUACCUGGUCAGUCGGUUCUACCGAGCACCAGAGAUCAUUCUUGGCGUCCCCUACGAUCCGGCGUUGGACGUCUGGUCCAUAGGUUGUACGCUGUAUGAGUUGUACACCGGUAAGAUCCUGUUCCCAGGUCGUUCGAAUAAUCAGAUGCUACGCCUGAUGAUGGAGCUGAAAGGCCGCUUCAACACGAAGAUAAUCAAGAAGGCCAAGUUUGGAGAAACAUAUUUCGACGAGCUUGGUGCUUUUGAAAGUGUCGAGAGAGACCGCCUGACCGGCAGUGACAUUACGCGGAAAAUCCAUAUUCAGAAGCCGACACGCGACCUGAGGGCACGCUUGAUGCCCUCGUCGUCGGUGAAAUUGAAUGAUGAAGAAACCAAGAUGCUGGCCAACUUCAUCGAUCUCUUGGACAAGUGUCUGAUGCUUGACCCUGCGCGUCGGAUUACUCCAAGAGAAGCCCUGUCCCAUCCUUUCAUACGCGGAUAG